AUGCUUCGCCAAUCCAUUGUCCGACCUAUGGUCGCCGCCAACCGCGCUCUCGUGAGCCGCUCUUUCUCCGUUGCUGCUCCCCGCAUGGGUGAGGGUGACUCAGGUGCUCCUCGCACUGGUGGUCAAGCCUCAGAUGAUGCCUUCACCAAGCGUGAGGCUGCCCAGGAGUCCCUGUACAUCCACAAGAAGGAGAUUGAGAAGCUCAAGAAUCUCAAGGCCAAGAUCGCCGAACAGCGUGGCCACCUUGACGAGCUCGAGAAGCACAUUGACACCCUUACCAAGGAACAGAAGGCUGGCCAAUAA